AUGGCCGACGGAAAUGCUGAGCCCAAGCACGAUGCUAUUCUCAACGCCAUGAAAGAACGUCCCAAACCCAAGCCUAGCCGUUACGCUUGGAGGCAGGAAACUCUCAAUGCUCGCUCCGAGUAUACCACGAGCCAAGAUGAUGGGACCGCCGAACAUAGGAUCAAUCAAUAUGUCAUAAAGCAGGAGAUUGGCAGAGGAUCAUUCGGUGCUGUUCACCUCGCAAUAGAUCAAUAUGGAAAUGAAUUUGCCGUCAAAGAGUUCUCUAAAUCACGACUGAGGAAACGCGCCCAAUCACAUCUUCUCCGCCGACCUAGAGGACUCAAAAGGCCUUCGGCUGGCUUCAACUCUCCUCUACAUCGCCAUCCGUCGGGGAAUGGGGACGAGCACACCAAGAACCCGCUUUAUCUCAUCAAGGAAGAGAUCGCCAUCAUGAAGAAGUUGAACCACAACAAUCUGGUGUCUUUGAUUGAAGUUUUAGAUGACCCCACAGAGGACUCCCUGUAUAUGGUCAUGGAAAUGUGUAAAAAGGGCGUGAUCAUGAAGGUUGGACUGGAAGAAAGGGCCGAUCCUUACAGCGAUGAACAGUGUCGCUGCUGGUUCCGCGACUUGAUUUUGGGAAUUGAAUAUUUACAUGGCCAGGGUAUCGUGCAUCGAGAUAUCAAACCAGACAACUGUUUAUUGACGAAUGAUGACGUUCUCAAGGUUGUUGAUUUUGGGGUGUCCGAAAUGUUUGAGAAGGAUUCGGAUAUGUUCACAGCCAAAUCAGCUGGCUCGCCUGCCUUUCUUCCGCCGGAGCUAUGCGUGGUAAAGCAUGGCGAUGUCUCGGGAAGAGCAGCAGACAUUUGGUCUAUGGGUGUUACUCUCUACUGUCUUCGCUACGGUAGGCUGCCAUUUGAGAAGCAAAGCAUUUUCGAACUCUAUGAAGCCAUCAAGAACGAUCCCGUGGUAUGUGAAGGGGAAACGGACGAUAACUUCAAAGACUUGAUGUUGCGGAUCCUGGAGAAGGAUCCGAGCAAAAGGAUCACAAUGAGAGAGUUGCGAGCGCAUCCUUGGGUGACAAGAAACGGUUCCGACCUUCUCUUACCCGAAGAGGAGAAUAUUGCGCAGAUAGUGGAGGCUCCAACUGAGGAGGAAAUGAAUACCGCUAUAACAAGGAAUGUGGGCCACAUUAUGGCUGUGAUGAAAGCUGUGAAACACUUCAAACGGCUUCUAGGUCCAGCUAAAGCCGAGCCGGUGAUGCAAAGUAUCCUUGGCCAGGAGUAUGAGAGCCAUUUCGUCGAGCCGCCGCUCGAGAUGGACCCGGAAGAGAGCUUCUCGGCCGGCAACAUUCUCAUGGCUAACAAAAGCCAGAGCGUAACUUCAUACAAUAGAAAGCCCUGGGAACGUGAGAACGUUCUGAAAGGCUAUCAUCAACAGCGCGAGGAAUCACCUGAAAUUAGUGGUUCAGCUAGCAUGUAUAUUGCCCAACAAGACCCUGUGCUAGGCAGCUCAACCAAACAUUCUAUGGGCAUUACACCAGAGAGACAAGAUUCAGGCUCUGUCUGCAGCUACAAACUUCGGACCGACUCGAUCGACGAUCUACAGGCGACUUUCUCUCCUCAGUCCCCUUCCCCACAGAUACCGCUGUCGCGGGCCAGUUCGGCUACAACGAAGCGUAGCGUCGAGGGUACCCGAGGGCACGCACGGGAUCCUUUGGAAGAGGAAUUUCCAUACCUCUUCAUCGGUCCUUCUACCUACACUGGGUCGGAUCUGGAAGAAGGUCAUGAUACUGACAUGGAGCGCAACCGCGACCAAUCGGACACUCUGCUGUCAGACGAGCCCCUAGAGACGAGUCUAGCUGGGAAUGCGGCUAUCCCUAUAGUGAGCGAGUCACCAGGUGCUGCUGAAUUCGACAUUUAUGAAACAGCGUAUCGACAGGAGAUCGAUCGAAUCCGUAAACGCACUCUGGCUCGUCAAGGUACUCUACCCAAAGUGUACUUGACUCGCCGUGUUGAAGGUAAAGACGAGGUGUUAAGACUUGUCGAACACGGAUCUCUUAGGACGAACCACCAAACUGCCGCUUGCGAAGCAGAUGCGGUUAUUGGUGAGAAGAUUACGCCGCCGUCCAGCCUGCGCUCUGCGGUGAGCAUGAUAAAAACCCAGCUGGAUGACCAGCUCAAGCUAGAUGCGAAGGGGGACGAUGCUCAAGGAGGACUGUCUUCACGUGUUACCACGUCAGAUAACGAGCCUGAAACGUCGCCACUCGCUGCGACUAAAUCGACAGCUACGGGAAUCUCGUUGACGUCGACGCCGGAAAAUUCCAAGACCAAGUUGAUGAACCUCUUGGGUCGUGUCAGGGGCAACCACAGUCCUUGA